UUCAUCAACAAAGCCCGCAUGUUUCGGAAGUGGCGCGUUUUGUUUUUGGCGCUUUCCGGCACUGUUUUUUGCCUUAGCCUUUGAUAUUUUCUGUGAUUUACAUUUAGAUCUUGCGUGAAACACAUCACAUUUUACGGAGCGUUGCAAUGGAGGAGCUGAAGAGCAUAUCGCAAGCGUGCUUCGUUUCGUUACCACGGAAAACGAAACCGAACAAGUCUGUGCGAUCCACGGAACAGGAAAUUGGUCGUAGGUACACAAUAUUUCGGGACACCUGGGCGUACCUGGAGAAUGAAGUGCUGAGGUGCCAGGCAGAGGCACACACUGAUGUUCUCAACAAUGUGAUGUCAUUUGUUCAAUCACGUAAUCCGGCUCUGACUGAGGCAUCGCAGAGACUGGAUAUACCUGUAGCAGCCCUCAUGAUGGGUGUCAACAUGUCUGACCACACUGCCGUCUUCAACCUUCUGGCGACGAAGUUGCACUCAUCCGUGACUCAGAUGGUCGCUAGGCUACAUGCAAAGGAUUGCAAUUCCAUUGCCACUAUGAUACAAAAAGUCGUCACGGACAUCAUGCAGUUGUCUGGAUCUGAAGAUGUCGAAGUCAAGAGGAGCCUGUGUACAAUGUCCAUGCUAGCAGAAUGGCAUGAUUCAGUAGUGAUUAAGACUCCAGGGUCACCAUCCAAGCGGCAGAAGAAAAGCGCUCGUGGAAUUCAUAAAGAGGAUCCAAUUGUUGUCAUACUCGAAGACUUUGAAGGAUUCAAGGUUUCAGCCUUGCAAGAUUUCAUACUGAUUUGCAGCAAAUACCUAGAGAAGCUGCCUAUAGUUCUCAUCUUUGGUGUUUCAACAACCAUUAUGGCAAUACACAACAUGAUUCCACAGAGUGCUUCAUCAUGCCUUGCCAUCGAGACAUUCUUUUCCAUGCCCGUUACUGAAUACUUGAGUCAAGUGUUCGAGAAGGUUCUUCUAGAGCCAUCCAUUUCCUUCAAGCUUGGCCAUGCAGUCUUCCAGUAUAUUGUGGAUGUUGUGCUGUUUCACGACUUUUCGCUCACAAACCUGCUUCAGAUGAUGAAGAUGUGCAUGUUUGAACAUUUUUACCAUAAUCCUGCUUCCCUGCUCUGCUGCCGCCAAGAAGAGCUGAAGGAUGUGCUUCAGUGCAUGUCGCAGAUGGAAAUGAAUGAUGUCCUUGGCCAACCAUCAUACCAGAGGUAUUUGAUGGAACAGAAACCAUCGUCUGAAAAAGCGGCUAAGCGAAUUUGCAGGCUGGUGAAUGACUUGCACAGCCACCACAAGAAUAGUCUGCUCUUGCUUCACACGUUGUACGAAUUUGCCAAAAAGCUCCCGGGUUGCUCCCUUGGGAACCAUUUUCGGGAAGUGUACAUGACAUUUCUGCAGGCGCCCAUGUGUGAGAGCGAGGAUUUUAGCAAAUUGCUCAAGCUAAUUCGUGUAAUGUCCAUUGACGAGUUACAGAAGAGGAUCGGUGAUGCUUUGUUAGCCCUCGAGUCCCAGAAAGACCAGUCGGAGACUCCCACAAGCGUUGCCGAUCUGACAGCCUACCUAUUGGAAUACUGCGAAAAGUUCAAAGCUUUGACUGAUGACAUUCCUGAAGCACAGGAUUCAAGUGAAAUGCCUGAACCACUUGUCUUAGAUUGGGGGAAGCUGAGGAGCAGGUCACAGUUCCAAGAGAAACUGAAGAAUCUUACGAAGACAAAGAGAGUGUCUCCUUUCGAAGCCUUGAGAGACGAGUUUGCAAGCUUCUUUGCUGAAGCAUUUAGUGAUCUGAAGCCGCCAUCAAGCAUGCCUCUUCACGAAGUACUCUACUAUAACGAUGCAACGGCACUGAAACAGUACUUCACCCCAUCUCCAAGGACAGUGCUGCAUGCCACGUUGACUAGGCCUCAAACAGUACUGAGGUGCGAAUGCUGCAGAAAUAUGGGCAGUUGCGACGUCUCUGCAUCACUUCCUGACCUGAGCAUCAACUACAAGUUGCACCUGGAGAGUGGGAAACUUAUAAACUUGUAUGACAUGAUGCAGUCCUUCAAAUCUGUUAAAUCUGGUGAAACAACGUUGUCGACAGAAGAGGAGAAAAUUGUAGAAGCACAGUUUUUUCGGUCAAUUGCGGAACUUCAGUUUUUGGGUCUCGUGAAGCCAACUCAAAGGAAGGCAGACCAUGUGCAGCGCAUGACAUGGGGAUUCUGCUGACGUCACAAGCUGAGAUGGUUAUUGUUUGUCACUGUAUAUUACACCAUUCUCCUUGUUUUAAU